UCGUUUUAUCUACUUUUCAGUAACUCGGGCUGGAUUGGAAUCGUUGAAAAAGCCGUUCAACUUGUUUAUCAAAGAGAUGAGGCGUGAUUCAAAGUCGGAAAGCGACCGUGAAUCAAAAUCAGACAAUACAAACAUUGACAUUGAAGACACUGAACAACUCGCCUUGAUAGCCAUGAAGGAAUCUGAACGUCUGUUUUCGGAAGCUGGCUUUCUGUUGCCGUCCAUUACGGCCACCGGGUGCAACCAACAGGUGAUUGUCCAACCCUCACAGGGUUCGCCCUUCAAACACAGUCUGAAUCAGAGUGCAGCAAAGCACUUCCAGUCACGCUUCGCCAACCUACCACUGUACCAGGGAUAUGGACUGAUUGGACAACAGCUCGCCAUGUGCAAGCAACCUGUUUCCUGCUCGACUCCCACAGUGGUCACGACGACCAUCCAAACGUCCGAUGCGGCCGGAGCGCAAAAUGAUCCGGACAAAAACACAGCGGCAGGUGCCUUAAUGAAUCUGUUGGAUGAAUCGACCGAACGCUUUCUGAGAGAGGCCUUAAACCAGUGGUGCACACUGGGCUAUCCACAAUUCGAUAAGCCCUCAUUAAGCGCACUUGGCAUGUCACCACGUGAAAUAAUGCCUGUGGAAGAAGAGCAAAAGGCGCUUGGUUGGACGGAUGAUCUACCUUCUGACGAAGUCAAAGCAAAAGAUGAGACAUUGGUGAGUCGCUCGUUCCAAGCCCAAGAAACUGACCUCGAGGUAAAAGAGGAUAAGCAAGAUUUGUCUGCUGGUCUGAAAACCGACUCAGCGACAGGACCCCGACUGAGUCGUCUUGGUGUUCCAAGUCAGGGUGCGUUUCGUGUGGCUUGGUCGGAGAUGCCGGAGGUCCUGAACAGUGACGCACUGGUGAAACUGACUCGACAUGAGGUUCAGUUACAGGAGGCGAUGUUCGAAGUCAUUACAUCGGAGGCUUCAUACUAUCAGAGCCUGAACGUCCUUGUGAAACACUUCUACAAUUCCCCGGAGUUUUCCUACGGUUCAACCGCAAAAGGGGAUCUACCAACCAGUCCUUCACAGGCCGUGUCCCUUGGUAUCAGUAUGGCACAAAUUGCGGGCCAACUCAGUUUUGAGAAUGGAACAGAUGCGCCACAAGAAUCCACUCCCGGAACUGUCAUUCCCGCCACACCGAUCUCUGGUGGAACCCGAAGACCGCUGCUGAAACCGUUGGAGAAACAUCAUCUAUUUUCAAACGUCCUCCUGGUGUGUUUAGCCAGUGAAAAAUUCCUCAAGGAUCUGGAGACUCGAUGGGUAUCACAAAUGCCAAUCUUGAACGAAGUUUGUGACCUGAUUGUGAAACACGCUGGAGGAGCGAAUUUCGAACCAUAUAUAACCUAUCUGCGAAAUCAAGCAUACCAAAUGGAGACGUUGAGAAAAUUGUGUCAGCGAGAUAGCUUCCGAUCCACACUGGAGACUCUGCAUGCGCACCCGAUCAGCGGAAAGAACUCAUUGGGUUCGUUUCUGGCCUUGCCGAUGCAACGUUUGACACGCUUGAAGUUGCUGGUGGAAGUGAUUCGUCGGCUACAGGAUUCCGUCAUCCAGGAGGCCAGUGAUCCGGCACAGCGAAAGUCCCCAUACCGCGUUCCAACCGACCGCGAACGAGAGAACGUACAGUUGGCUCUACGAGAACUGAGUAGACUUCUUGCAUCUAGUGAAACAGAAAAAGAACUGAUGGACCAAAAGGCGAGGUUGCUGACUUUGUCGUCCGCGCUGGAGUUUCCGGAUAACGUGAAGAGCAUCGCAAUCAGCGACAAGCGUUUGAUCAAAGAAGGUGAAGUUCGCGAAGGUGCGCCGGACAGUCGAAUCAGCAUGCUGCAAAAACUUUCGCUUAAGAAACCCAGCUCCUUCUACCUCAUCCUAUUCAACGAUCUCCUACUUGUCACAAAGAAGAAAAAGAACGAGCGAUAUUUGGUCCUGGACUAUUGUGAUCGGGCAGAACUACAAGCAGAGGUGAUAUCCCUUACGGCGCUGAGCAGGACUCUGUCUGGCAACAUAUCGGCUCAAAAGUCUCCGGUCAUAGAUGAAGGUUCUCAGAAGCCCCUCGGAAUGCCUACGAGUGGAGGAAAGUCUGGGUCCCCAUCAAUGUCACCUGGGAGACGCGCCAGACGUGGCAGACCAGUGACCACGAUGGAUUUUGGUCUCCUAUCACCCGUUGCCUCCCCGGAGAGUCAAACAAGACAAUCCCAGGAAGAACCGGUUACGUCUGGAAGUCGUCUUCAAUCACGUGGUAUCGCACGUUCUGGUAGCAGCCUGAGUAGCUACCAGAUUCGACCUCAUCCGACCAGAUCAGCUAAUUACGGUGGGCACAGUCCAACGCUUCCAUCUGAACAAUCCAGAGCUGUUUCUAUACACCUGACACUUACAGCCAGCCACAAUGGAACCUUCAACGAAUUGUAUCUACUUCCGAAGGACAAUGAUGAACUUGAGAGCUGGUGUAAAGCGCUCUCUAUUGACAAGAAGUUUGUUCCUCUUUCGAAGAGUCCGAUGAAGACAGAUGUCGGUGAAAAGUCACAAGACUCUCCAGCUGACGAUGAUGGUGAUGAUGAUGAUGUUGAUGAUGAUGAUGGUGAUGAUGAUGAUGGUGAUGAUGAUGGUGAUGUUGUUGUUGUUGAUGAUGAUGAUGAUAAUAAUGA